AUGACAAGUAUAAAAUCAUCAUUUGUACGGCGAACAUCAUUGUGUCCACCUCAUGAACGUAGUGAUUUACCAAAUGCUUCGAUGGUUGAUGGUUCAAGUGUGGCGAAAAGUCUCACUCAACAUCCUCGACAACGUGAUCAAGAGACUGCAAAUGUACAGGAACAACAAAAUGAAUUAGCACAACAACGUCUCUCAUUGAUUAAUGCUACUGACAUAGUAAAAAAUUGGCAUAAAAGAAAUUCAGCUGAUGAUCCAACAAAUGAAAUAUCUCAAUCCAAUAUAAAUGUGCGAAGAAAAAAUAAUUCAAUAAAAAAAUAA